UUCAACUUCAGUUUGCCUGCGGUUGAGAGUAAUUUCAUAAACUUUGAAGAACUUCGCUUCAGCCGGAGUUUCCUCCGCAAGCUCUCUCAUCCUACAGGCUGCUAAAAGUUCAUACACCAGUCUUUAUCAUGCAUGACAGCUAUGCACUCUAUGUUUUACUAUUUUCGCUUGUUCUGAGCAUCGGACUGAAGGCGAUAACAGCGGAUUCUGGAGGUGAGACGGAUUUGGUAGUCCCCCUUGAGUUAACCGGGGAUGAUGCGGUUCACCUGUUGCAAGUACUCAGACGGAGCGGGCGCAGACGGGGGCAGCGCUCCUUGACGCAUUCAGAAAGGCACCACUUCAAGAAAGAUGAGGAUAACUUGUUUCUCAUGUUGCCUGCCUUCGGCAAGGAACUAUAUUUACAACUCGAAAGGGACGCAGGAUUUCUUUCACAAGAUUUUGUCAUCGAAGAGAAGGACGGAAAAAGGACCACGCAGCUGACGCAUAUUCCUGUUAACCAACUCUGCUUUUACGCCGGACGGGUUUUCAACCACAGCAACUCUUUUGCAUCACUGAGCACUUGCGGUGGUCUGACAGGACUGGUGCAGAUCGGAGAUGACAGCAUGUUUAUCGAACCUGUAAACGCCGGUCAGGACUCUUUCUCUGGUGUGGAGCACAAGGUCGUUCGGCAGAAACGAUCCCCCAAGUCCAGCUCAGAAACGCAUCCCAAGUACUGUGAAAUCAUACAAGGAAAGAAGAAGGAGAAAAAGCCCAAAGCGGCGGAGGAGGGGAGAGGCCGGAGGAACGCCAUCCGGCUGAGUGGGGAAUACACGGUGGAGACGGUGGUGGUGGCUGAUUCGGACAUGGUGCAGUACCACGGUGCCGAGGCAGCCCAGAGGUUUAUCCUCACUGUCAUGAACAUGGUGUACAACAUGUUUCACCACAAGAGCCUGGGUGUCAGACUCAACAUCCGCGUGACCAAGCUGGUCCUGCUCCACAACCGCCCUGAGACGCUGAAGGUGGGUCAUCACGGAGAGCGGUCCCUGGAGAGCUUCUGCCACUGGCAGUACGAGGAGUACGGGGGCGCCCGUUACCUGGGAAACAACUAUGUCCCCGGAGGACGGGACGACCUACCGCCGGUGGACGCGGCCGUGUUCGUCACCAGGACGGAUUUCUGUGUCCAUAAAGAUGAGCCAUGCGAUACAGUAGGAAUUGCCUAUUUGGGUGGGACUUGCAGCUCCAAGAGGAAGUGCGUGCUGGCGGAGGACAACGGGCUCAACUUGGCCUUCACCAUCGCCCAUGAACUUGGCCACAACGUCGGCAUGAGCCACGACGACGACCACUCCACCUGCACCGGCCACUCCCACAUCAUGUCCGGCGAGUGGGUGAAGGGCCGCAACCCCAGCGACCUCACGUGGUCCUCCUGCAGCCGAGACGACUUGGAGAACUUUCUCAGAUCGAAGGCCAGCGCAUGCCUCUUGCACACGGACCCCCGCAGCCACUACAUGGUCCGCCUGCCCUCAAAGCUACCCGGCAUGCACUACAGUGCUGACGAGCAGUGCCAGAUUUUGUUUGGCACCAACGCGACAUUCUGCAGUAAUAUGGAGCAUCUGAUGUGUGCUGGAUUGUGGUGUCUGGUGGAGGGGGACACCUCUUGCAAAACCAAACUGGACCCUCCUCUGGAUGGGACGGAGUGUGGCGCUGACAAGUGGUGCAGGGCGGGGGACUGCGUCAGCAAGACGCCCAUACCGCAGCACGUGGAUGGAGACUGGAGCUCCUGGAGCCCGUGGAGCAUGUGCAGCCGCACCUGUGGAACGGGCUCCAGUUUCCGGCAGAGGAAGUGCGAUAACCCCCCCCCAGGGCCCGGAGGGAGGCACUGUCAGAAGGCCAGCGUGGAGCACAGGGCCUGCGAGGGGGCCCCGUGUGCCAAGGGCUCGCCCACCUUCAGGGAUCAGCAGUGCCAGUCGCUGGACCGGCAGGCCAGCAAGAGGAAGACCAACAUGUGGACAGCUGUCGUCAGCGACGAAAAGCCGUGCGCCCUGUUCUGCACCCCCGUGGGCCGGGAUGUGCCGGUCUUGGUGGCCGAGCGAGUCCUGGACGGCACGCCGUGCGGCCCCUACGACGCAGACCUCUGUGUGAACGGGAAGUGCCAGAAAAUUGGCUGCGAUGGCAUCAUCGGCUCCUCUGCCAAAGAGGACCGCUGUGGCGUGUGCAACGGCGAUGGCAAAUCAUGCAAGAUAGUAAAGGGAGACUUCAAUCACACCAAAGGAAUGGUCACCAGUAGCCAUUGUAAGAAGGUUUCUACGUGUGUGAUGUCAAAGCCCAGGGCUGUUCCCAAGUGUUUUUCCUGUUACAUCGAGGCUGCCAUCAUCCCAGCUGGAGCUCGGAGAAUUAAGGUGGUGGAGGACAAGCCAUCGCACAGCUUUCUGGCCCUGAAGGACUCCAGCAAAAGAUCCAUCAACAAUGACUGGAAGAUUGAACUUCCUGGUGAAUUCCAGCUAGCUGGUACCACGGUCCGCUACGUUAGAAGAGGACUCUGGGAAAAGAUCUCUGCCAAGGGACCCACUAAAACACCCCUGCACCUCAUGGUCCUGCUGUUCCAUGACCAGACCUAUGGCAUCCACUAUGAGUACACAAUCUCCCUCAACCGCACACUGGAGAACAGCAGCCAGCCCCAGAAUGAGCCGCCGCACCUCUACAUCUGGACUCACAGCAGCUGGGGGGAGUGCAGCGUCCAGUGCGGAGGAGGGCAAAGAAGCACCAUUGUUUCCUGUAUGAAGAUUGUCAACAAGACCAUGACUCUAGUGAACGAUAGCCACUGUCACCUGGAGAAUCGACCAUUGCCACAAGUCAGACGGUGCAACACCCACCCGUGCCAAUCGAGGUGGGUGACAGGGGACUGGGGGAGAUGCUCGGUCACCUGCGGGAAAGGACUGCAGCUGCGGGAGGUGAUGUGCGUGUACCAGCUGCAGAACGGCUCCUACAUCAACACCCGCGACCUCUACUGCCAGGGAGCCAAGCCUGCCGCCAUUCAGGGCUGUGAAGGGCGGGACUGCCUCACUGUAUGGGAGGCUUCUGAGUGGUCCAAGUGCUCCUCAGAUUGUGGGCGGGGUAUCCGCAGACGCACAAUCACCUGCACCAAUCCGCAGGGCCAAUGUGACCCCGCCUCCCAGCCCCCUGUGGAGGAGGCCUGUGAGGACCACUCCAAAUGCUACGAGUGGAAGACUGGGGACUGGUCGAAGUGCUCAUCUUCCUGUGGAAAGGGCCUGCAGUCCAGGGUGGUCCAGUGCAUGCACAGAGUGACAGGACGCCAUGGCAGCGACUGCCCAGUAGCAGUUAAACCUCCAGCGUACCGACAGUGCCACCAGGGGGCGUGCAAUGAAAAAGUAAAUGUCAACACCAUCACAUCUCCCAGACUUGCUGCUCUGACGUACAAGUGCACAGGGGACCAGUGGGACGUGUAUUGCCAGAUCAUCAGGGCAGAGAACCUUUGCCAGGACAUGAGAUGGUACCAACGCUGCUGCCAGACAUGCAGAGACUUUUACGCAAGUAAAAUGCUCAGAAACAGUUAAUAACACCUGCCGUUUUUGACCUGUCCUCGUCAUUGUCAUCGUCAUGUUGAUUUUAUUUUAAAAUAUUUUUAUUGUUACGCUGUUGUGUCGGAAAGCAAUGUGAUUUCAAAAUGAAAUGAAAUUGGAAAAAAAAUCUUAAAAUCUAAAAUGCUAUACACAAAAGUACAAGUUGAAACUCCAAAUUUUUUGUUUGUUUUUGAUGACUUGAAUUAGUUUUUUUAAUUGUUUGAUUUGUUUUUAUUUUUUCUUUGUUUGCUGUAAUACCAAAGUGAAUAACCUCAUUGCCUUUAAGAGGUAAUCUUGUGGUGCCCCUUGGAAGAAUUGUGCAUAGUAUAUUUUACCUUAUUUACAUGAUUUUAUUAAGGUGCUCAGCUGGUCCUAUCUUUUACAAGCCACUGGCUGGCCAGUAACCAAAAAUGGCUUUAGUCCCCGGCCAACACAGUUUGUAUUUUUAUGGCUGUGUUCUUAUAAUUGUUGUUAAUAUUUAAGCAUGCAGAAAGCCAUUGUUAAAUAUUCCUUUCAUUCACUCAGACACCCGGGCAAUUUAUGGCUUUGUAAUACCAUUUUCCAGAUUCAGAGAAAGCACUGCCGUGUUCUCCUCUAAAACUUUAUUGUCCAUGAAAUGACUGGAGCAGAGGAGCAUGAAGCUUUGGUGGUGUAACAAGGCCUGGCAUUAUGAGAGGUGUCUAAUCGACAAUGUAGAUAUCUCAUGCCCUGCAGCCAGCUCCCCCUUUUCCCCUGCAGCCCCCAGACGUAGUGUACUUCAGAACCAGGGCCUUUUCCAUCCAAAGCCAUUUGCUUUUAAGCUCAAAUGUUCCUCAUGCAAUGUCAACGAUUAUCAUUAUUUUACCUAUUUUAACUAUUUGUCUGUAGUGAAGAUUAGAAAGUGCUUAAGAUCCACAGAUGAUGUGAAAAAAAAUCGUUUUUUCUAAACCAUCAUUAGGACCAUUCAGUGGAGUAAUUUUAGCAGUAGUGCUAGUAAGGUUGGUAGUAGUGACCAUAAUUGAACACUGUACCUGCCUUUUGUAAAUGUGCGAGGUACUCUUGGUGCUAAAGCAAUGUGUACGCAAGGGAGUGGUGCUCGUUUCCAGUUCUCUAUAACCCAAGUUGAUGAACACAUUGGUGCUAGUUCACACCCAAUAGGCUACAGUGUAAUUUAAUUAGUGAUUACUUCUGUGUAAUUAGAUGCAUACUCAGGAGAAACUUAAGGUUAUUACAAGCUAACACCACAGUAGUACCACAUUUAAACCAUGUUAUUAUGUUAUAUCAUGAGCUGUAAAGUGCUAUUCAAUGAUGACUACACCUCACAACGCAAUUUCAGCUGUUUGGAAAAAGAGGUGAAACAAUGCCUGUCAUUCCUCUAAAUAUACAAAAAUAUUUGACUAUUGCAUUUUACGUAUGUAGGCUUGCUUUACUCUUAAGCUUCUCUGUACAUUUUUAAGGAAAGUGAGUUUAUAUCUGAUACUGUCUGCUGCUGGUGAAUCUUGUGUAUCCAUAUUCAUUUAAUGCAAGCAAGCUUUAUUCUGGUCACUAAGUUUUACUUUCAGAUUGGUUUACCGUAUUGCACUGCAAAAUAUUCUGUUACCAAAAAUAUUUCAGUUCAGAAGAAAGGAACUCAUCCAGUGUCUGAGGACCUCUGGGGCCAAUCACAGAGGCUACAGUGAGCAGGAGUCUCUAAUGCUCUCUGGAAGAGGCCCGAAAGUACAGAUGAAAGCUUUCUUCCUUAUCAGGGAGUGAUUCAUCAGUCUGAACAAAUAGUAAUAUUGCCAUGCCCAUGAAUAUAUAGUUAUAAUAAUUAAUUAUAAAAAUAUUAAUAUAAUGUAGCAAUGUACUUAUUGUUAUGUAAUGAAAUACUAAUAUUAUCUCACCAUGGCUGUGUUUAGUAUGUGUGCAGAUAUUUGUUGAUAUCUGCCUCCCAAGGUCUUGGUGCUGGUGUAAAGAAACCUUUCACUUGCCAGUUACAGACGGGAUCAUAGGGGUAUAGCUUCCCCUGCAGCAGCAUAGCAAGCGGAUGUGCAUGUAAGGCCCCAGGCAGGUACCCUUUACCUGAAGUGAAAUUUCAAAGUAAGACCAUUGGAAAAUGUGAACUUCGAAUGUACAGGAUUGCGCAUUAAUGCAACAUGACAAAGUAAGUUUUCCAUGUGUGUAGAGUUGCUGUCUUGGAGCUGAAUUGGUGCUAGACAAAAUUCACUACUGUGGAAUACAGCUGUUAGUCUAUGUUAGUAUUUGUGUUCUUGUAUUUUUUUGUUGUCCUAUUGUUAUUAUUUUGGUUGUUCCAUCGUUAUUAUGAUUAUUUAAUAAUGAAAUGUAGCCUCCUUUAUUUCUGAGUAAUUGUUGCAGUGUACAUUUUUAUGAUGUAAUGCUGAUAUUCUUUAAUAUUCCUGUACUGUAUGUCUUUAGUUGCACAGAGUUGUUUGGUACAUAAACUGCCACUAUAUGUCUUUAAAGGUGCUUUUUUGGUCAAAUGUACGGUAAUUUUUAAAGUUACAGAUGAAAUAAAUGAGAAAUGUUGUUAUACAGGGAUAUAACCAGUAUGUUAGUUUAAUUGUUUCAGUUCUCAGAAUAUAGUGUAAAGUUUUUUUUUUUUUUCUGAUUGUAAUUGACUUACAGGUAUAGAUCUGUACUAUCUGUACAGUGUGAUACUCAAAUAAUCCUGGAUAAAAACAAAAAACACUUAUAAAAUGUCUAGUCAUGGAAAUAUAUUUUUUUCAAGCCCACUGUAACUUGACUCUUUAUUUUUGACAAUAUGAAAUAAAUGCAAGUGAAUAUUUUAGACAA